CUGGCUAUUUCACUCCACAAAACGCUUAACUUACCUUUUUCCUCUGUGAUAUACAUUCAACUCAAUUGUAACAAAAAGACAUUCAUAUUCUAUUGAAAAGAAAAAGUAGAACAAUCGUACCUUAGUUACAGUAACCCCACACCUUUCGUUUAUAUCGACUCUUUCUUAUAUCACGCUCCUUACAAAAAUUGUCACAUCGACUAUACAUUUGAUCCUAAUUAAUAAUAUGUUCUUUUCACGCACAACCGGCUUACUUAUUGCAACAUCCAUUGCGCUUUUGUCGCCAUCACACGUUCACGCAUAUGGACAAAUUGCUCAAGUAGUUGAUGCCAACAACUUCUGCGUCUUUUUGCCUCCCAAUGAUUCUGUUGAUAGAAUUAUUUCGGAUACAGAAUGGAACGCACAGGCAUUCUGCAUUGGCAAGACCCCAUUAGCAAAGAAUGCUGGUAAAUUGAAGUCAGGAUUCAUUCAAUCAGCGCACUUUGUUGCUACCGAUCAAUAUGUUCAAGUCACUGGACAAAUCGAUCCAACCAAAGCUAGAUUAGACUUGACAGACGAGGGUGGACAAAUGGACAUCAAAGCACCCAAAGGAUCUUCUUGUGCCGGUUGGAAAUACUAUGUAAACUUGAUUGAACCUGCUGGUCGUACCUACUGUAUGCGCUGUUGUAAUGAUGACCGAACUUGCAACCGUGGCAUUUCCGAAAAGGGUUGUGCUCACAUUAUCCCAGGUGAUUAUAGUGGACCUUAUGGCGAUAAACCCAGCAGCUCCUCACCUGCAAAUAUUGCUGAUGACAGUGAUAAAAAAGACGAAAAAUCAGCUGCACCUAAACCUAUCAAGACCGUUGCCACGCAUACAACUACCAAAACGAAGACCUCCACUAAAAAGUCUAGAACGAUUACCGCGAUUGCUGGCACCGGAAUUGCAACAAAUGCUAUAACGUCUGGUACCGUAAUCAACAACGCCAACGCAGACAAAGCUGACGCAGACAAAGCUGACGAAGGCAAAGCUAACGCAGGCAAAGCUGACGAAGGCAAAGCUGACGCAGACGAAACCAACGCAGAAAAAGCUACCAGUGAUGACAAUCCAAGCAGCAGCGGAAAUAACCCUGUUACAGUUACGAACGAUGCACCUAUUGCUACUGAAACAAUCAACGAAAGCGAUUCUGCGAGACAGGAAAAACCGAAACAGGAAGAACACAACAGCAAUGAGGACGUUACUACAAUAAUUGAUGCCGCUACUCCUACUGUGCAAAUUGCUCCGCCUUCCGGCACGUCUGUUAUUAAUCCUAGUAUUGCUCCAGUUAAAGGAGAGUUGCUGAGCGAUGAUGGUACCAUUAAAGAGCAAUCUGUUAAUGCCGUUAAUGCAUUCCAGCCAGUGAUUAUAACAACUGCUACUAUAAUGAUGACUAUGGUCUUCUAUUUAAUUUUAUAAAUAUAACAAUAAUUAUAACGUCUAAUAAACAAAACGAGAA